GAGCCCAACCAAUCGGAAUCAGCACAACUCGAUUGUAUACCCAGCUCGAUCACUCUACAUACCACUACUCCCUUGUUAAGCUUUCUCGACCACGAUGAAUUGCCGGAUCAUCUCAGGAGUUCGUGGGGCAUAUUUAGGCCAACGAAGAGCUUUCGGUUCCUCAGUUCAGAAACACGGACCGACUGGAGUUGUCUUCAUGAACAUGGGGGGACCGCGCACAGUGUCGGAAACAGGGGACUUCUUGUCGAGAUUAUUCCAUGAUGGCGAUCUGAUUCCGCUACCAUUCCAGUCAACCCUAGCGCCAUUUAUAGCCAAAAGGAGGACUCCAAAGAUCGAGAAACAGUACGAGGACAUCGGGGGUGGCUCGCCCAUCCUCAAGUGGACCCAAGAACAAGCAUCAGGAAUGGUCAAGAUCCUCGACGAACUCUCCCCGGAAACGGCGCCUCAUCGUCCUUACGUCGCUUUUCGAUACGCUCAUCCACUCACUGAAACCUGCUUAGAUGAAAUGAAAAGAGACGGCGUCACUCGGGCCGUCGCUUUUUCACAAUACCCUCAAUACAGUUGUUCGACUACCGGGAGUAGUCUCAACGAGCUUUACAGACAGCUCAUCAAGGAUUCUAAGGAUGGCCCAUCCCCAAUCAAGUGGAGUGUAAUCGAUCGUUGGCCAACUCAUCCUGGGCUGAUUGAGGCCUUUGCCGUCCAUGUCGAACGAGCUCUAGAAUCCUACGACCCGCUCGUCCGGUCCAAAGUCAUCCUUCUAUUUUCUGCACACUCCCUACCUAUGUCCGUAGUGAACCGUGGCGAUACCUAUCCCUCUGAGGUGGCGGCGACGGUCCAUGCAGUGAUGAAGCGUUUGAAUCAUAGCAAUCCAUAUCGGUUGGUUUGGCAGAGUCAAGUCGGCCCAUCAGCGUGGCUCGGUCCCCAAACUUCGGACGCUUUGAAAGGAUACGCAAAGAAAGGUGUCAACGACAUGCUCCUCAUACCCAUCGCAUUUACUUCAGAUCACAUCGAGACUUUGUUUGAAUUGGACCUGGAAUACAUUGAAGAGGCCAAACAGGCGGGGCUGACGGGCGUGAAAAGAGUCGAAUCACUCAAUGCAGACCCUAUUUUUGUCAGAGCAUUGGCCGACAUUGUAGCCGGACAUCUCAAGACUUCUGAUUCUUCGCCAACCAGUACUCAAAUGACCCUACGCUGCCCCGGCUGUAUCAAUAACACUUGUCUCAAGUCCAAACAAUAUUUUUCACAGCAAGAAAUAUCAUAAUUUUAGCAGUCUUGAAGAUAUCCUCCAAUUUUCAUCCUGCAAAAGAUGACAAGAUUCUGGUUCAAUGAUUAAACUUAGUAUAAAUCUAUUGACCAUUUUUUAAUUGUAUAAAAAUAAACUGUUGAAGAUUGGAAACUAAAAAUUGAAAACAACUGAAAUUUUUGUAGAAAACUCUGUUCAAAUUCCAAUAGCAGUAAAUUCUAUUAUGGCUCUGAUGAUUAGGGAAUCUAUAUUCCAAACUCGAUUAUUUUCAUGGGAAGGUACAGUUGAAAUUGAAGAGAGAAAAAAAUUGCCAUCCCAUUUUUUGUGUUUCCUGAGUGAAUCCAUGAAGUUUUAAAUUCUAUCAUGUCAAAUAGCAAUAGCAUGUGUACCUAAGUGCUUCCAAAACAUCAGUUUUGGCUAGAUUCCCUUCUGAUGAAAUUUACACAUUAGCAAGCAGACCUCUUUUAAAUUCAUGUUUUUGGAAUUCAAAGUGACAUGCAUACCUUCAAUCCUUGUUAUCAGCCAAACCACGA